GACCGCCGCCGCUACGAGACAACACAGUUCCAUGCCGGCUCCCAGCGACCUCGCUCAGUCGACGCGCGACCGCCGAACCGCGCGCUACGUUCCCGCUGGUCCUCGUCGCUGUCGUCGCAUGGCCGCAUGGCAUCGGCGCUAGCGUCCCCGUGUCCCAACGGGCCUUCGUCCAACGGCCACCGACUCACGGUACCAGGAUCGCAGGGCCCCAGGGACCGUAAGCUGAGCCUGCCCUUGCAACUGCAGAGAAGACCGUCACUCUCGGGAUACGCCGCCGCCGUUGAGUCAGCGAAAGAGGAUGCUCGGCGUCGCAAGUUCAGCCAGGUGGGGCAGGCGAUGUCCCACAGACUGUCCACCACCAUCGGGCUGAAGCUGUACACGGUGACGACCCAGGAGGUCGCCGAGCAGGCCAAGAGCCUGUGCGGACGCUACCUGAGGGCGAAGUUGAGGACGUGCGGUGCGGUGCACAAGAAGCUGGGCCUGCAGAGGCUCAAGAGCGUGAGCAACCUGUCCAUUGGGUAUCCGACGGCCGACGUGGCGCAGAGGCUCAGGCUUGUCUGCACGGAGCUGGAGAGGAAUCAUCCCGAUCUCUAUCAGACGGUGACGGGCAACAUCGGCCUGCACGCGCUCCCCUCGGAGACGGCCGUCCAGAACGUCUUCGAAGCCGUGGCGCGGGAGCUGUUCCGCAACGACAUCUCCUGGGGCCGCAUCGUGGCGCUGUACUCGGUGUCCGGAGGGCUGGCCGUGGACUGCGUCAAGCUGGGACACCCCGAGUACGUCCUGGCCCUGGUCCAGGCGCUGGGACUCUUCGUCGAGCGGGACCUGGCUUCCUGGAUCAGCCAGCAAGGCGGAUGGUCAACCCUCGUCACGAGGUUCCGCAAGCAACCCAAGCGGUCCAUCAUCAUAGACUUCAUCUUCCUCCUGGGCGGUCUACUGGCCCUGGUGCUGCUAGUCUACUACUGGCUUUCUUGACGAUAACCGCCACAUGCAAGUUACCUGGAAUCCCAAAACGUGGAGCUUCCCCAAGAACAAAGAUGCGUGAUAAUGACAAGAACGUCAUCUUGGAUCGUCAAAUCGGAUGCAUAGUCAUCGUUACAAAGAAGAUGAACUCACAAACAAGAGGGGCCAUCUGCCCUCGUCGCGCUUGGGACGGACUACGAGAGUGGCGAGUGUUGGUGCUAGCUCACGUCGUUUAGUGAAAGGACGGCGCCUUUUGUGACAGAACGACAGUGCCCGACGCUAUUUGACACCGUGAAAGCCAGUUCCUGUGUGAUGGAUUACAAAAUACAAUUUACAGUCAAACGAUCGAAAGAAUAGGCAUUUACACCUCUUGACCUCGGAAAUCUCGAACGUUACAAAUGUUAGUUCAAGACGGUAGGCUAAUGUCAAAGAAUGUUUUAAUCCGGAGCGUCCGCUCUCCUGCAAACGGUGAAUGGUGGUGCUCAUAUGUUUAAACCCCCCUUUCCCCCCACCGCCCCCCCCCAAAAAAAAACAACAAAACAACAACAACAAACAACAACAACAAACAACAACAACAACAAAAGAUUACUUUGUAGUGUCGGAUAGUACGAAAGAUCAUACUGACACUACCCCACACCGCCUGGUGAUAGUUACAAAAAAAAAAAAAACCAGGGGAAAAAGAUUGGUGGGGAGGAAAAAUCAUACUUUUGGUUUCUAGGCUAGGUGGCGCAAGCUACCACCCGGUAUAAAGGGUACAGCCGUUAGCAUUCAUCCAUUCGUGCGGCAUUGAGCAUGGUGAAACGUCAUGCUCAGUAUCACAGCGCACACUGCGUUACUAGGUAUAAACAUAGGUUCAGCCUCGUCAUUGGCCGAGUUCCCUCCGCGGAUCGCAGUCAUUGGCCCUUCCAAGUGCUUUACGGGAGAGCAGGCGCUCCAAAUUAUUUUUUAGACUCUAUGGUUUACUUUUUGUGGUAUAACUGUGAACUGGUGAGAAUGAUUUCGAUGUCAAGUAUUUAAUAUUAUUCCAGAAUCUUUGAUAGGUGUGCUACGUACUUUGAUUGAAAUCACGCACGAGCCUGACAUCAAAUCAAAGCUCCUGCCAAACGUACCUGCAAGACCCCGAAUCAAAGCCAAUUCUUGCGACAUGUAAGCUGAAUAAUAAUAAUGGACAGACAUGUUCCCACUGAGGUCAUGCUCUAGGACUGUAGAUUUGGACGCCAGAAAAAUAUCCUCGUUUCUAAUCAAGCCCUGGUCUGAUAGGUCUGUACCUGGAAUAACCGAGCACAAUGAUCCCUAGGUCGUCGAGUUAAACCUUCUUUUCGUUUCGUAGCAUGAACCCUCUAUGAAUGUAAGGGUGAUACCAAACAUCCCGGUAACGCAUGACCUUUCAUUUGUGAGCACAGCUAGUCAAACCAUAAUCAAGGUACGAUGUCCGAAUAGUCUUCGUUCAGCAUCCGGGCUUCUUACACACAUGACAAUCCCACCAAUAUUGCGUAUUUUGGAGGAAUGGCAUUUUGAAAACGUACUAUUUAAUGAACAUCAGCGCGCGUUUUUAUAUUAAACAACUCUAUGGAUGUGUCCCAUCUCUCCUCAAGUACACAAAAUGUUAUUAUUCUUUCGAAAAUUCAAAGCUGGUCGCAAAAGCAUUCGUCAGUUCCUAAUACUGCACGGGAAUAGCUUUGCGUUUACGCAAGAAGAACAAGGUAUUUUUGCAUCCAAGAUUUGAGACAGUGCACAUUUAUGUCAGUAGUUUCGGAUCUUUCUGAACUAUUUUCUGACCACCACAGGUCCUUAUUAGAUUGACAGACAGAUUACAGUAAUUCUUAGCAGCAAAGCACAUCCAUUUUUAUCCUGUUGUAAAUCGCACGAUAGACAAAUGAAUAAAUGCAUUUUGUUUUAAAA